AUGGCAACCAAGUUUGCUAAGGGCCUCACCUUACUGGUCAUAACCGCUUCAAUGUUUGCAGUGAGUAUGGCCAACAAGGAUUGGUCCUUUGGUUUUAACUACACUACUGAUUGGUGGUCCAGAUUCGGGAACCAUAACUUAAAUAAGACACAGCAAGAACCCAGGAACAUCAUCGUGGGUGGGUCUGAGCAUUGGCACUUUGGUUAUAACUACACAGAUUGGGCUAUUAAAAAUGGCCCCUUUUACCUCAGUGAUACUCUUGUUUUCAAGUAUGAAGCUCCAAAUGCUACCAGUUUCCCACAUAGCGUGUACUUGUUUCCAAACUUCUGGAGCUUCUUGAAUUGUGAUGUUAAGAGGGCUAAGAUGCUGGCGAAUCCCACACAAGGUGCAGGACAGGGCUUCAACUUGGUGUUAAGCAGGUGGCAACCUUACUACUUUUCCUGUGGUGAGAGAAAUGGAUUCCAUUGCAACAAUGGACAAAUGAAGUUUGCUGUUAUGCCAAUGCUUCGUUCAUUCUGA